AUGAGUCGUAUCCCAAUCCCAUCGGCAAAGAAGCCAAUAGGCUUCUUAGGGCAUUUCAUUGGAACCCGUGAUUCUAUAGCUAACUCUAUCUUUGGAUGUAGUGGACACCUUCGUGAUGACUCUGCUAGAAUCGGAGAAGUUCUUGGCUCAGUCAAUGAGCUUGCAGAAGAAAUAUGUAUCCUCAAAGCUAUAACCAAGGCAGGUGGUAAUAAGCUAUACCACUGUGUUGUGCCAGAGUGCGACCGUGCUAAAGAUACGUUGAAAGAUAUUUGCGACACACUGCGAGCGGAGCCCGGGCGCCGGCACGAAGUGGCCACUGCUCUACAAUUGAUUGCGCUGCAUGUUAGCCAACUUGGUGUCAACCCAUCCGCAAACAAGGGUGAUGAAGAGGAUGAGGAUGUUGAGUUUUUGUUUAAAGUGUCCAUGAAUAAAACCCUGGCUCCAAGGGUGAAGCCUUCAAAGAAGGUGGCAGCGUUCAACGAAACACUUGGCAAGCGCAGGUUCCCUACAAAGCAACAGUUCUUCUAUGUGAAGUGGACUAGCCAUUGCCCAGACCCCGACCACCAGAAACGCGACAAGCCAGCAGUCGCGCAUUCUCGCCAGGGUCCAUUGAUUGGGGAUAAACUGUGGGCGAUCCUCGCUUCCCACAAUCUUCAGAUUGUUUGCACGCGACCACCGUUGACAACGGAACUUGAAGGUGAAGAGUGUAUCAUGACAUCUGCACCAACUAUUCUUGCAACCUGCAAGCAGACGCGGUUUCACCUGUUGGAUGAAACCCCUUCGUCCGAGAUUGACGUGGAGGGUCUCGGUAUAGUUGUCACCUCUGGUACAUCUGACUCCAUAGACGAUACCUCUAAAUCAAAGCUCAAGGGGAAGUCCAAGGCGAAGGCGGCUGGGAAAGAGCUCAUCUCCGACGGUCACCUCCGUCUCAAAGGCGGUGUCCACUAUGGCCUGUUAGGUCGAAAUGGGACGGGGAAGUCCACACUCCUGCGGGCCAUGGCCGAUAAGCUCAUUCCCGGCAUACCUCACGUCACCCGCAUUGCGAUUCUACAACAAACGGAUGCAGAAGACGAAUCAGAGGGCUAUGGGAGCCUCAAGCUAGACAAGACCGUCUUGGAGGCAGUGCUUAGCAGCGACGAAACUCGAAAUGAGGCCGCUCGUACAGCAGAAUUUCUUUCCCAAAGCUUCGACACAGAAGACCCGCUGGAACCGGUGAAAGCUAUUCGCAAGAUCCAAUAUCAGCAAGCGGGGAAAAAACUAUUCUUGGCUCAGAAAAAUGCCAACCUGAAGAGCGGGGCGAGAGGGCUGCAGGCAAGAAAGGAACUCAAGGCGGCCGAGGCAAAUAUAGAGUCCUCGAAAGAAAGACUUGUCCAAGAUCUCGGGUCUAUUGAUGCGGAGGCCGUCCAGGUGGAUACACAAGCUGCAGUAGAGACACUGCAGACCUUACAAUCACAGCUCGAAGAUAUGAAACUCACAGACGUGGAGAAAGAAGCCCGCCGAAUUCUCCUGGGUCUUGGUUUCAAAGAAGAAAACCUGGGAAAAAAGGUCUCCACCCUCUCCGGAGGCUGGCGAAUGCGAUGCAUGCUCGCGGGCGUUCUGGUCCAAUCCCCCGACAUCAUGAUCCUCGAUGAGCCGACCAACUUUCUGGACCUUCUAGGAGUGGUUUGGCUGGAAAAUUACCUCCAGCAACUACGCGAUGCAUCUGAAACAACCAUAGUUCUAGUCUCCCACGAUCGAGACUUUAUCAAUGCUGUGUGCGAGGAGAUCAUAAUCUUGCGGGAUCAAAAGCUCACUUACUUCCGUGGAAAUCUGGCUGCCUACGAGCAGGACUUUGAAGAGCAGAAGCUGUAUUGGGGACGCAUGAAAGAAGCCCAAGACCGACAGAUUGCGCACAUGGAAGCCAGUAUCCGAGAGAAUAUGAAAAUUGGCAAGAAGACCAACGACGACAAUAAGCUGCGGCAAGCCAAGUCGCGGCAAAAGAAAGUCGAUGACCGGAUGGGCCUGCAGGUGAAUGCCAAUGGCGGACGAUUCAAACUGAACCGUGAUCUAGUCGGGUAUCAUCUAUCUAGCCGCGCAGAGAUCGAGGUCCCGCAGGACGAAAGGGGCGCGUCGAUGGCGCUACCGGAUGCGACGGAGCUGCGAUUUCCGGGUCCCUUGGUGUCUCUGGAAGGGCUCACUUUCCAAUAUAAGAAGGCCGACCGUGUCAUCUUGGCUGACGUGAAUCUCGUGGUGCAUAUUGGCGACCGCGUGGGUAUCAUGGGACUCAAUGGGUCUGGCAAGACUACCUUGAUCCGCAUUCUGAACGGCCAAAUUCCGCCAUCAAAGGGCAAGGUCUCGACCCAUCCGCGCCUGAAGGUGGGCUACUAUGGUCAGCAUUCCGUCGAGGAGCUGCAGGAGCGCGGUCGAGGCGAACCCGGUUUAACCGCGCUAGGGCUUUUGAUGGCCGAGACGAACGAUCAUCUCAAUGAAGGUGCUAUUCGAGGCCUGCUCUCGUCGAUGGGCUUGGCCGGUCGCAUUGCUUCUGAUGUGCCUGUGGCCAAACUAUCAGGUGGGCAACUCGUCCGUCUUGCACUGGCGAGAAUUGUAUGGAAUUCACCACACCUACUCAUCCUGGAUGAGAUCACUACCCAUCUGGAUUUUCACACCGUGACUGCUCUUGCCACGGCACUUUCCUCGUUUAAUGGGGCAAUUAUCCUCGUCUCGCACGACCGUUUCCUCGUGCGGUCCGUAAUUGAAGGCAAGCGGGACAGCGAGCACAAACUUGAUGAAGAUUUCGAGGGCCUUGAAGAGGAAGAAACGGAUAAUUUCACCACUCGACGCCGGUCCGUAUAUGUCCUAAAGGGGGGCAAGCUGAACGAGCAGUCGACGGGCGUGGAGCAGUUUGAACACAGCCUAGUGAAGAGGGUGCAGAAGAUGCUUCAGCACUGA